GUGCCGGCUCUGCCGUGAGCAGGAUGGAGGCGAAGGCGUCUGCGCCUGCGCCCGGGCCCGCCCUUGGAAACGCGUCGGAAGCUGGCGAGCGGGCCUUGGCGACCCGGCCCGGGAAGGCCGGCGACCCCGCCGCGGCCAUGAAACUGACCCGUAAGGUGGUCCUCUCCCGGGCAAAGGCCACCGACCUCAGCGGCGUCCGCAAGCUGAACUGCUGGUACGGGGAAAGAGGCCAGCGCUCUCCUGGCGGCGGAGCUGGGAGGGAAGAGCCGCAUUGCAAACCGGGGUGGAAGAGGGGUCCGCGGCUGACGGGCUGGGGAACGGAAGAUCCGGGAGUUAGAAUAAUGGCACCACAAUUCUAUGGAGUUAGGAGGGACCCCAGGAUCAUCUAGUCCAGCCCCUGCAAUGCAGGAAUCUCACCACGCGGUCGAAACACAAAAUAAAGAUGCUAAAACCCAGUCCAUUCUUCCUCCCCUGUUGUGCUGCUGCACCUGAGAGGGUUGCUACAGUUUCCUCCUGGCCAGUGUCUCUUUUGGCAGCAUGCCUGGCACAAAUCAACAGGUGCUUUGCCCCCAGCAGAUGCAGCCUUGGGGGAAGCUUCGCCAGCAAAUUGACUUCUUGGAAGUUGGAGUCCAACAGCAACAUCUGGAGGACGCAUCUGGAGGAUUGCUUGCACUGUUUUCAGUCAUCCAGUGUCUGGCUCCUCUUCCAUUGGGACGUUUGCAACAUCCCUGCAUAGUAUCCUCGUAUGUGCAUAGCAAAUUCUCCACUGGUUUCGGAUUGUGUGGAGAGGUGCUCGUGCACAUAUAAUUGUAGACGCACUGCAGAGGUGCAGAAAGACAUGUGUACAGAUAUAUUUGUACACAGGGGCUGAGGAAUAGCUUGUCGUUGCAGUGCCACUCGACACACUUCCAUUGAAUGCAGAGGAGAGCCAGAAUGCUUGUAAAGGCCUGUAAUUGUGUCUCUUUCACAAGUGGCUUUCCUUUGCUUGCUAUAAAUACUGUUUCAGCAUUUUAAGUGCAUGAUCUGUUUCACCUAUUAAAAAGAUUGUUUUUCUCUUUUAGGGGCAGCCGCAUCUCAGAUGUAAGUGUUGUUCCUAACUUUCUAAAAAAACAGUGAAUUGGCAUGGUGUUUGCCAUUGUUGUUUUAAAGGAUAGAAGCAGAGAAUUUGGAUGCCCCCCCCUUGUAUACCUUACUUGUUGAACAGUCGGCGUAUCUCAAAAUUUUUGCUUUCUGCUUGUCUUCAGAAGCUAAUUAUAGUGAGAGGAUGCAUAGAAUCCAGUUUUCUCCUGCAUGUUUUAGUUAUUGGAAAAGAGAAAUGCUUCAGUCCUCCUAUGAUUAGUAGAUAUGGCAAGGUCUUCAUAUCAGUUAUAGCACUUGCAUUUUCCCAGCAGAGGAAGGAAUGGGUUCAGGAGUGGUUCUUAGCCGUUCCUUGUUGAAAUCAAACAGAGAGAGAGAGAGAGAGAGACCAGCUCCAAGGAGGAAGCAAAAGUUAAUAACUUGAUCCUUAUUGCUUCUUUCUAGAACUAUACUUCUAUACUAGAAGUAUACUAGAAAUAAGGAGGUGAUGAGGUGGCUAUACAGUAGCACAAGUAUCAGCAGCCACUAUUUCAUGCAGAAAUUGCCAGUAAGUAUGAAACAAAGAGCUGUCUGGCUUCCUUGAGAUGCCGCCUUUCUGUGCUUUGUCUUGGCCUAGCUUUCACGGCCAGCUGGGAAUUACGGUAUUGGCAUUAUGGCUGUAAUGGACCCAGAGCCUUCACUGCCUGUACUGAUCUCCAUUAAGGAGUAUAGCUCAUUGGUAGAGUACAUGCUUUUGCAUUCAGAAGUUCCCAGUCUUGAUCCUUGGCACUUCAACUUAAAAUGAUUACUGGUAGGAAAAGAUCAGAGCAAUCACAGUCUUAAGAACCUAGGAAGCUGCUGUUGUCAGAAAAGAGAUACAAAUCUUUUGUAAGUAAUUUGGAAGCAGAGCAUCCUGCCUUGACACAGGUGACCUUUCCAGCCCUGUAGUCCUGGGAUUUAUUUAUUUUUUAAAAUAUUUGUUGAUUCAGAGUUCUUUGGCCCUAAGGUAAAUAAAUGGUUGCAAAACAAAACUUCCAAUAUGAGUGCCUAAAAUUUCUAACAGGCUUACUGGAUCAGUUAGCAAGCUACAUGCUUCCUCCCUGCCCCACCAACAAGAGACUGCUAAAGUUUGCUAAAGCUUCUCUUCUGCUUGAUUCUCUUUUUCUAGAUUUCUAUCUGCCGUGAGCUUCCCAACAUUGAGGUAAUCACGUUCAGGUAUGUGUUGGAGUCUGUUAAAAGGUAAUUUUUGGCUUAAUAAACCAAGCCAGGGGAAAUAAAAAUCUCCCUUCUGAGGAUGAAUAGGACUCUCCCUUGAAAACCUAACCAGUCCAGGCUAUUUACCUGCUACCAUGUUGAGAAUGCAUAGCAUUUUGACUCCUUUUCUUCAUCUUCUUACCUUGAUUGGUUGUUGGGUUGCCUGCCUUCUGCCACACGCUCUUUGUAUCUCUUUCAUACUUGCCAUCAAUUCUGCUUGGAACAGAUGUUAUGAAACUAAAUAAUGCCCGCCUUCCUUCUGUAUAAUAGAAUAUUUUGCUUGUACCACUGUGAAUAUGAGCACCAGCUUAAAAAUAAACUUAGAUAUAUAGGAUUCGAGAUGUGCAGUACUGUACUAGCUAACAGUAAAUAAUUGUUGAUGGCCAUUCUACAUACUUUAAUUGUGGGUUUCCUACAUGUGCAGGUAAAAAGAGGGGGUAAGCUUACAUACAACACUCUGAACUCUUAUUAUUAUUAUUAUUAUUAUUAUUAUUAUUAUAUUUAUUGAAUUUAUAUACCCGUAGGUCUCAAAGCAGGUGACAGAAUAAAAUCAAAAUAUAAAACCACAAAAUACAUAAUAAAAAUAAAACAACAAUCCAAUAACACCCCCCUAAAAAAAUCUCCCACAUUUUAUGAGAGCAUAGGAUUUCAAUCAAAUCAACCAAAGGCCUGGUUAACAAGGAGUGUUUUUGCCUGGCGCCUAAAGGUGUAUAAUGAAAAUGCUAGGCAAACUUCCCUGGGGAGAGCAUUCCACAGACAGGGAGCCACUGUAGAGGAGGCACGUUCUUGUGUUGCCACCCUCCAAAACACUCGAGGAGGAGGCACACAAAGAAGGGCCUUGGAAGAUGAUCUCAGGGUCCGAGUAGGUUCAUACGACUUGAGGUAUUGUGGUCCUGAGCUGGUCAAAACCCGCACUUUGAAUUGGGCCCUGAAACUAAUUGGUAGCCAGUGCAGUUGGACCAGGAUCGGUGUAAUGCUCAAACUUUAUAUUUCAUAAGUGGCCUGGUCACCUAUGGCUACCAACAAUUCCACACAGGCGAGGUGGAGGAUGUGUGCAGUGAUCUGUUCCUCCUGUGCACUCAGCAUAGAACUGCAGCUCGCAGUUCUUCAUCUGACAGCCCCUAGCUGGCUAAUAUUUUCCCCCAGCUAGUCAACUGGGGGGCGGGGCUUGGUAAAAAGCCCUAUACAGUUUAUUUCUAAACCAAAUCUGUGCCUUGUAUGUGGAGAUUGUAAGUUAAGAUCCAUUCUGAUCAUCUCUUGGAUGUGAACAUUUACACACGCCCCUGCUGAACAUCGGCACUUCGUCUUCACCUGAUGGUAAUAAACAGCUUUAGCCUUCCCAGUUACAAUCAGCCCUUCUUCGCCCUGUCAGUGAUGGGCACUAAAGUUUUGUUUGCUUCCUUUUCUGUGAGGGUAGAGCCAUGUCAGGUGAAACCGAAAGGAGCAAUACUAGAAAGCAAAACGGAAGGCAAAAUUGUGCAGUGUGCAUGUUCCUAUAUUCCUUUCUCCCACUUACUUGGGAGAAAGCCUCCAUGAACACAAGAGGGACCUAUUCUUAGUAAAUAUAAUUUUGCUAUUAAACUGCAAACUGUUAUGGAUGCUGACAAUAAGAAAGACCCUAUGUGGUAAUAUUUAAAAGAUAUUUGAAAGAGAGGGUGUGGUUUUUUUUAAAAGAAAACCAUGCAAAAUAUAGACAGUGUGAUAAAGAGAUGUAAGACUUGGUUGUAGGAAAGUUGUGGACAGCCCUGAGAUCUAUGGAUGAAGAGUGGUAUACAGAUUUAAUAAACGAAUAAAACUAAAUAAAACAGUAAUAUAAACAAUACUGUCUGUAGUUUUAAAUUGGCAUGAUCUCCAAACCCCUUGUCCAUUCUGCUGGAGAGGGUUUGGAUGCAGCAGAGGUGUCCCUCUAACCAACUCUGCCUGGCUACACCAUCUUCUGUCACUGAGGGAGCUCUUGGCAUUGGUGGGGAAGCCCCACUGUCAAAGAGCUGCUACCUAAUGUGACUGCCCAGAUGGUGGGUUGUACCAGCAGGACCUAAGCCAGUGGUAACCAGCAGAAAGGGCGGUGGGAGGGUAGACUUUGAACCAGCACUUGAUCUGCUGCACCCUGUGCACCCUGCUGCUGUCAUGAGGCUUCCUACGUCCCCCUGCAGAGAGACAGGGCAGUGCUGCAGAUAAUGUGUAUUUCUCCCGGGGAAUCGCAGUCAGAUCAUGAGCUUUAUGUCAUGCAAGCCUGAUACAGAUAACAACAUUUGCAUCUGGUUUCCAACUUUCCUUUGCUUUCUCCAAUAGUGCAAAUCACAUCUCCAGCCUGGAGCCAAUGAACCAGUGCCAGAACUUAACGGAGCUUUAUCUCAGGAGGAACAAUAUUGCAAGCCUCCUUGAGCUGUUCCACCUGAAGAAGCUGCCCCGCCUGAGAAUCCUCUGGCUCUCUGAGAACCCUUGCUGUGGUCCUGAUCCUCAUCGCUAUCGGAUGACGGUGCUGCGCAACCUUCCAAAUCUCCAGAAGCUUGACAAUCGGAGUGUGUAUUACGGCAAAUUGCCCUGCCUCUGUUGGUGUUUUGCAUUUGCUGAUUUAAACUUCUCUUAGGUCUACAUGCAGUAAAAUGUGGUGGUGGUAGAAUCCUACCAUUGGGGAUCCCAUUUUCUUAAUACUACCCAUGUGGGAAACCCCUUGCAAGUAAAGAACUAGCCCACAAGGGCUCCCUGUGCCAGCCCUAGAGCACUGAGCUCGUCUAACAAAAAUGCUCUCUCUGCUUUUUUCCUGAUAUUUGCAGUGGUGACAGAGGAAGAACUGUCCCACUCCCUGCUGGAAGGGGAAGAGAUAACGUCACCCCCGGCCAAAUUGGACGUGGAAAACUUCUGCCAAAACUCCACCACUGAAUCCAGUGUAACGGAGUCUACAGCAGAGAAUGAAAAUGAAGUCAUGAACUUCACCUUGGAGGAGACAAAGUGAGAAGGGCUCUGUUUCUUGCUGGUGGUAUUUCUUUAUUGCGACUUUAUUAAUACACAACGGGGGUGGGGGGUGGAGACCUGUGCCUCUCCUGCUAUGAUACGAUAUAUUUAUUGUCAUUGUCCCAUACAGAACAAUGAAAUUGAAAAAUCUACAUAAGACAUUCAAAAACCCCUAAAAACUCUGAAACCCCAUUUUAAAAUACAAUAUACUCCUAUAGAGACUCCUUAUACUGCGUUUAAAACCAGAAUUGCAUUUGGGUAGAAACUGUUUCUCAGGCAGCUAGUCCUGGUCUUUAUGACCCUAUACUUUCUUCCAGAAGGCAGAAGUUGAAAGAGAUCAUUUCCAGGAUGCGUAUUAUCCUGCACUAUCUCUGCCGCUUUCUUAUGGCACCUGACAGCAUAGAUUUGAUCUAAGGUGGGAAGAGUGCACCCAAUUAUUCUCUCUGCAGUCUUUACAACCCUGGACACCAUUGUUUUCUCCCUGGCCGUGCAGCUCCCCAAACCACACACACAGACCAUAAGUUAAUACACUCUCCACAGUACAGUGGUAUGUUGUUGAAUUCCAUUUCCCAUCAGCCCCAGCUAGCAUGGUCAGUCAUCAGGGAUGAUGAGAGAUGAAACCCAACAACAUAUCAAGGGCCACAGAUUUCCCAUCCCUGCUAUAGAAUGUCCGACUCAACACAGAGAUUCUCCCUUUUCCUGUGUAAAUUCACAUAGUGUGUUAUUGUGUGGGACGCCAAGAGCUCAUGUCUUGAAAUGCUCUUGUGAUUUGAUCUCUUGUGUCCAGCAGGAGCAGCUAUCCUCUGCCAUUUCCGAUAGCGCUGGUGGGUGCUUCCAUAUGGCUGCUUUACUUAUUUCCUUUUUCUCUUCCUUUUAUCCUGCCCAGUAAAAUCCGCGAGCAGCUUGGGAUGAAGCCUGUUGCUCCGAGGGAGAAGUUUGUCUCCUUGUGUCCUAGGCAGAUGGAGGGGAACCGAAAGAAACGGGUGCGUGUGAGAACCUUUCCCCACUCUCAGUAGCUCUCUCUGUGUUUUGUGCGUGAUGCGCUAUGCCACUGCUUUGAGCUAAGCCCUGCUGUGGCGCUCAAGUCAGGAAUAGCUUGGUCCUGCUUCUUUGAAAUGCUGCAGGAUCCUAUAGGCAGGGUAAACUGCAUAUGUGUGAAUAAUUUGCUGUCCCUGUGCAGCAGCAUGUGGCAUGAGGGAGAGCUACCCUCACAACACUGGGGCCAUUGCUGAAAACCGGGAUGGGGCAUGGUGGUGGUGAAGUCAGAACUGUGCAGUUGCAGGAGCUCCGGUUGGAUGGCAAUGCUCCCAUACAACCCUGAUCUUGUUGCCACCCCAUAAAGCGAAGCCGCAGCAGUGCCAGUGUCCGGAGGGCAGCUCCACCUCACCAUGCUGCUGCUGCUGAGUAGUAGGAAGGAGUUGCUAUCUCGCUCUCCCUUGGUAAAGCAGAUCUUGGCUACAGGGAAGAAGCUGCUGGCCGGCCUUGCUUCCUCAUCCCAUGGUUAAUUCUAAGUAACUGAUCUGCCCUUGCAGUCUGGGAGGGGAAGGUCAGAUUUAUAUCAUAACAUAACUGGCAGACUCUCAAAAUGUAGCCUGUUCUGACUCAUGCAUUAAUUGACCUCAUCCUGAGAUAUUUUGCCAUAAGCAGCAGGAAACCAAGUGCCCCUGUUCAGAGAUGCCUGGUCUUGUGGUAUUGCCCUGCAGAUGGGACAGCGUUGUUUUCAAGAGCAGCAGUUGCUGCAGAUUAUAAGCAAGGGAGUUCUGCCGCGUGUUUGCACUUCUCAGAGGCAUCUUGCUGGCCUCAAGACGAGCCUUUGCUCUGAUCCAGAAACCUAUGUUUGUGUAAGAAAAGUGAGAGGGCAAAGUAUGGUUAAUAAUAAUAAUAAUAAUAAUUUAUUAUUUAUACCCUGCCCGUCUGGCAGGGUUUCCCCAGCCACUCUGGGCAGCUCCCAACCGAAUAUUAAAAACACAAUACAGCAUUAAACAUUAAAAACUUCCCUAAGCAGGUCAAGUACUAGUAGAGACUAGAAUUCAGCAAAGUAGUGAAUUUCCUGAUCCAUUUUUGAUCCCUUUGUCUUGUGUGUUCUGGGUUAACAGAACAACAUCCUCAAUGCCAUCAUGAUGCUCCUAGAAGAGCUUGAUUCAGAUGGACUAGAAGUUGUCCAUCAAACAACUGGGAACAAGCUCCAAGCCUUGCAGAAGAAGGAACUCCAUGAGGACCGAUAGCGAAUCCAAGGCAGCUGUUUUGUGGAUCAGCGGAACUAGCAUCACCAGCCCCGGCUGCUCCAUCCCUGUGCUGUUUGGGCUUACUGUGGGGAUGUGCUACUGAACACAGGAAGAAACGUCAUACAUUCCUUGUGCAUCAUGCACUCGGACCAUGCUCUAAGGCACGCUUUCCUCUGCAGUCACAACGUGUGUGCCUGCAUCUAUGCAACUGCUACCCAGCAACCUGCAAAAGCCUUUGGCAGUGGGGGCAAACAAGUGUACACCGAAUUACAGCAAGUAGUUGUCACAUGGAAAAAGGGGUCAGCAUUUGUGGCCCUGCCUUCUCAUUAGUGCCUCCCCAGUAGAAGAAGAAAAUCACUCCUCGUCUUGCUUCAGUUGUGAAUCUGUCAGCCAAAGCUGCUGAUGUGUUAGCAUAGUCUUAAUACUGGAACACAAAUCCCUAUGAUGAUGCCGUCAUCCUCCUUCAGUCAGGAGCUUCUGAUCCUUGAUCUCAAGGCCUGAUUUACACAAAAACUGAGACAUUUUUUUUAAAAAAAUCAUUGAACUUCAAAUUUAGUGGCAAACUUCUAGGCUUUCUCUUUUCCUUUCCUUCUCUUCUAAAUAGUGAUUUGGACUUAAAAAGAAUGUUACCUGUAGUCAGAAUUCUGGAUUUGUAUAAUGGAGCAUCUUGUUUCUUACUUGAUUAGAAUGCGGUCUUGCACCUUUUGGAUAUUGCCUUGACUUUCUUCUGCCACUUGCUUGCUUAAUCUACACAGUAACCUAAAAAAAGAGAAAAAGUAAGUUUACUUAGUUGUUGUGACGGAAGGACCAGGGGAAGUGUGGUUGAUGGUAUAUGGUUCAGGAAGUGUAUUAAAGUCUGAAUCCAACAACAAUACAAACUUUGUCUCUGCUCACUAUAGUAUCGGCUCCGUUGUGUUUAGUCUGUCAAGCUGCAUCAGGUGCACAGCAGCACACUUUAAGUGGAUGCUGCUAAGUAACUUAUAGGUAGUGUGUUCUUACUUGUAAUAGGAAGCUCUUAACUACAGUAUCUAAAAGAAUAAUAUUUUUUCCUAAUAAUUCUGGUUACAAAUAUGUCUCAACCAAGGGAACUGUUUUCUCUGAUUACAUAUAAAACACAGAUCUGAUAUUUCUGCACUCCACCUCUGGAUAGAUGGCACCAAUUGAGAAUUGCUUACUUUGUAGUGCUGGUUUUCUCUCCUGUCUUUUUUUCUGUUUCUGUGCCCCUUGGAGUGGAUGGAUGUUACACAGGUACAAGCAAGCUCUGAGUUCUCAGCCUCAGAGGUAGGCCCAAAAUGCUACUUUUGGCAAGUCAUGGCCACUUUUCCCACACAAGAUGUUAUAUGUGCAGGAAAGUUCAAGCUGUAGUUCCUGAAUCUUCCUUUGCAGGCAAAAUUCGGCACUUUUUGUUUUUGACACCUUUUUCUCUUCCGCACACCAAAUUCAAAAAGCUGUGGCUUUAGAAAGUGCUCACCGUUCUUCCUCUGCAGUCCUAGGUUGAAGUUACACUCACCUGAUACCAUAUGACAAGUGGGUGUCCACAACCAUCUGUCAAACUGACCUGUGAAGGGCUGACCCCUUUGGUUCUCCACCCCUGUCGUAAGCAAUAAGACUUGUUUGAAGAAGCAGUAGCAAUGACUCUCAGGGCAUGGAGAGGGCAGUAUUCACAACGUUUUAAGCCACAGGUGCCAGCCUCUGAAUGGCUCUCAGUUUGAUAAUGACACAACUAGUAAGGAGCUACUUGUGGAAAAACUGAGCUGAAGGCAAAUGUGCCAACCAGCAAAGCCUGAGUAAUAUUUACCAGUUGAAUAUUCUCUGAGGAAUCCGAUUUCUCUUUUGUUGCAGUAGAAAUCCAACAUCUUGUAAAGGAUGUAGGUUCAUCACAGGAGAGACCAUUUGUGAAGUAAUACUGGUUUACCCUAAUGCAAGUAUUUCACUGUAUUCAAAGGAAUGCUUAGCAUAAUUACGUAAUACAAUUAGCUGUUAGAUAGCCACUACCAAACAAAACUACCAAAAUCAUAAUGCCCGUGUCAUAAUCAUAACAAAUCUAUUAUAGGCCCAUAGUUGGAAUACGGUGUCCAGUUCUGGAGAAAUAAUAUUAUAGGGCUGGAAAAGAUGCAGAAAGGGGCAACCAAAAUGACCAAGGAACUAGAGCAACUCCCCUAUGAGAAAGGUUCCAAAGUGGGACCUUUUUUUUAAAAAAAAAAAGGCAAGUAGGUAGGGACAUGAUAAGUGGGGUACCAGCCCAAGCUGGUAAAAGAUGAUGCUAGCCGCUAUAGCUACUUGACUUACAGUGACAAGGAUGGAUCAAGGAGCACCUCUACAAGUGCAACCCUGGCCAGAACAUGCAUUAUUGCCCAGUUCCUGGAUCCACAAGAUUUGUCUUGUAAGGAUAUGGCUUCUUGGUCUUCAUCACUGCUUCAAGGCGCUGGUCCAGACCUUGCAUGGCACCUCCUGAUUUGGGUACAACAGAGAAACAGCUGAGUAUCAUCAGUGUACUGGUGACAGCAUGCUCCAAACCUCCUAUAUGCCAAAUAAUAUUGGCAUGUAUGGACUUACAAGUCUGUAAUCCUUUGGCACUUACUUAGGAAUAUACAACUCUGAAGGAACGAGAUCAGUGUUUCCCAACCCUGGGUCUCCAGCUGUUUUUAGACUACAAUUCCCAUCAUCGCUGACCACUGGUCCUGCUAUAGCUAGGAAUGAUGGGAGUUGUAGUCCCAAAACUAUCUGGAGACCCAAGUUUGGGAAACACUGAACUAGAUUUCUUAGUAGACAUGCCUAAGAUUGGGCUGCAAGAUAAGACAUUCUCUUGGACUGCAUGGACUAAAAUUUGCUCCUGCAGGCUGACUCAUCUGUAUUCCAGUAUAACCAUAAUCAGCAUAAAAUGGUUUUAUACUGAACUCCUGUCACCCUGAAGAAUAUCUCAUUCUUCUUUAGAAGUGGACUGUAAAAUGAACCUCGAUAUGUCCCAGGGUAGCCUGUUCUAGGGUGCCAGGAAUCUGAAAUUGGUUACAACCAGACUAAUGAGCCAUAAAAGGGGACUUGCAUGCUAUUUUGUAAUUCUCCACACUGGCAAAGAUGUAUUUGUUCACUUAUUUUAAUUGCUCCUACUCAUGAAUCUCUAAUUGACUCUUCUUUUGAGGUUUGUAAUAAUAACUGUAGAGAAAAAAAUGCAGUUUUAGGUCUGC